AUUCAAUCUCACUUAUCAUCAAGUUUUAUUCUCUCUUCUAACUAAGCGACAUCGAAGAUUGAAAUAUGAAAACUAUUUGUCUAAUGCUGAGCUGGUUUCUGUUGUGCGCCGAAGUCGCGGCCGGAGUAGAAAUGGCAAAAUGCGACGAUGUGUACAUUGCUGAAGACUCAGGGAAAAUAAGCGGGGCUGACACCCCAAAUACAAUUGAUAUUAGCCGAUGCAUCAAAUCUACCCACGACACGCAAAUUGUAUGCUCUUUCGACGUUUCUAAGUGUACAAAAGUUUGCUCGACACUUGGUUAUAAGACUGACGAAUUUGGUUGCGUUUCCAGCUGUGACUGUAACUCGAACGGUUUUAUUGAGGAGGACAUAAAAUACGACGAAAAAGACAUCGUGCAAAUUAAAAACGCAUAUGAUAAAAUUCCGAAAGGUGCUUCCGAAGCUGCGUCAAUUGGAAUUAAGUUAUGGAACGAAAACGUGGUGAACGGACGACCCAAAGUUCCUUAUGUAAUUGACAGUGACAUGUCAACCAAAGCAAGAGCGGCAAUUAGUCAGGGGAUAGCUUCUUACAGUGAAGACACUUGUAUUGACUUUGUGGCAAGAACCAAUGAAGUGAACUACAUUAUAUUUGUAUCUAAAGGAGGUUGUUGGUCGUACGUUGGUAGACGAGGAGGAAAACAGGAAAUUUCGAUCGGUAUCGGUUGCGCAUGGAAAGGAAUAGUUCAACACGAGCUUAUGCAUGCGCUUGGGUUCUGGCAUGAACAAUCUAGACCUGAUCGUGACGAUUACAUUAGAAUAAUCGAAGAAAAUAUAAUUGAAGGAAAACAACACAACUUUAACAAAAGAAAUUCGAUAAAUUCUCUCGGAUCCAACUACGACAUUCAAUCUAUAAUGCAUUACGGGGGGUUUGCGUUUUCAAAGAACCGAGAAGCGACUAUCGUUGAUCGGAAAACAAAUCAGCCAGUUAAAUCACAACGAGAAGGCUUCACUGAAGAAGACAAGAAACAAUUAAAUCGUCUCUAUCGUUGUCCAUCGGUCGUGCCAGUUACAACCGCUAGACCUACAACUACAACUCAAGUCGCAGUUUCUUGGACAAAUUGGGGAGCAUGGAGUACGUGUUCAGUGACAUGUGGGGUGGGAGUUGCUCGUCGCAGUCGGCAAUGCUUGGAUGUGUCUAGUGUUGUCAGUUCAGGGUGUAUAGGACAAGCUAUUUCCACCAAGUCAUGUGAACAAAGCAAAUGUACUUCCACUUCUUCGUGGGGUCACUGGGGGUCUUGGGGUUCGUGUCCUAGAACAUGCGGGACAGGUUUUCAAUGGAGGUACCGAGGUUGUGUGAACGGAGUCAGUGGUUCAGCUGGUUGUUUAGGUUCGUCUUGGAGCGGAAGGGUUUGCAACACUAACAAAUGUCCAACCAAGCCACGCCUCACGUUGUUCACGAUUAAUUCUGUAUCUACUUCUACGCGGUCGUUUUGUCGUUGGGGUAAAAUUUACACCGGGGAUUUUAACAACGAUGGUCGAUCCGAUUUGCUCUGUUAUUACAAAAGUGAUUGGGUGCAAAUAUCGUACGGUUCUACAAACGCGGGAUAUUCGAUAGUAGGUUCGGAAGGACCGACCAAGCUGUGCAAAUUCUCACCGAGUCUCAUUGUUUCUGGCAAAGUGUUUGUUGGUGAUUUUAAUGGUGAUGGAAAAGACGAUUUGAUGUGCAGAGAUGAUAUUAGCGGGAGAAUGAAAAUUCUAUUCAUUGGGAUUCGGGGUUUCAGCAACGAUGACGUAGAUUGGGAAGGUGAAAUUCCAACUAUGUGUGGAUCAGCAGAUCAACUUUCUGUUGGAGACGUGGACGGAGAUGGUGAUACUGAUCUUGUGUGUCAAAAAUCAUCUGGACUUAUUUCAGUUUUUGGAAACCAGUUUAAAUGAUCUUGUUUUGCAGAGUUUUUUUUGAUUAUGGUGGUCGUGUAGUCGGAGAUUAUUUAACUGUUAUAUCUUUUUUUUUGGUGAUUGUAUUUGAACGGAUAUUGUUUUUUUUAGUAGGUGUUCAAAUAAACUUUUUUUAAAAGUAAAA